AUGGCAAGUGGCGGAGAUGCAAAGCUCUUUGCCCGAGGCAAAGUCGCUGAGUUACGGCAAGAGCUCAACAGCGGUGGCAAGAAAGAUAAAAAUCAUUCUGCGAAGAAGAUUGCGCUCAAGAAGAUUGUGGCCAAUAUGACCAUGAGCAACAAUGAUAUGGUAGCAUUGUUUCCCGAUGUUGUAGGAUGCAUGCAGAUCCAGAGUCUAGAGAUCAAGAAAAUGUGCUUUUUGUUUCUAGUCAAUUACGCCCGCAUGAAGCCAGAUGUAGCGCUCAAGGCUCUUCCAGUCCUCGUCGCGGAUAUGGAGGAUACUAAUCCGCUGAUACGUGCCUUGGCUCUUCGUACUAUGUCAUAUAUCCACGUUCGAGAGUUUGUGGAGGCUUGUGUGCCCCCUUUAAAACCUCUUUUGAGGGACACAGACCCUUAUGUCAGAAAGACAGCCGCGUUUUGCGUGGCAAAACUCUACGAUCAUGAUAAAGCUUUGGUUGAGAAUUCCGACUUGAUAGAUAAACUGAAUACUAUGCUGCGAGAUGACAAUCCCACGGUCGUCUCGAGUGCUUUAGCCGCACUCAUGGACAUCUGGGAGAGAAGUGAGAGUAUCAAGCUUACAAUUGACUACAACAGUGCUUCCAAAAUUGUACAAAUAUUGCCUGACUGCUCGGAAUGGGGCCAAACUUAUAUUCUGGAAGCGCUGAUGUCGUACGUCCCCCAAGACACUGCUGAAGCAUUAUUACUAGCAGAACGAAUUACGCCUCGCCUAUCACAUUCAAAUUCCUCUGUUGUCCUUACAUGCACUCGUGUCAUACUCUAUCUCAUGAACUACAUUGCCGAUGAAAAGCAAAUUUCGAGUCUAUGCAGAAAGCUUUCUCCACCACUAGUUACGCUGUUAGCCAAAGGUCCCGAAAUUCAGUAUCUCGCAUUACGAAAUGCAUUACUUAUCCUUCAGCGGCGGCCGGAAGUGCUCAGAAAUGACAUUAGAGUCUUCUUCUGCAAAUACAACGAUCCAAUAUAUGUGAAGGUCACUAAAUUAGAACUCAUAUUCAUGCUUGCGACGGAAAAGAACAUCAAGGAAGUCUUGGCAGAACUCAGGGAGUAUGCUACAGAAAUUGACGUACACUUUGUGAGGAAGUCAGUGCGGGCGAUUGGCAAGUUGGCCAUUAAAAUUGAAUCAGCCGCCCAAGAUUGUAUAGACUCUCUUCUGGAGCUUGUGGCAACUAAAGUCUCAUAUAUUGUUCAAGAAGCCACGGUUGUCAUUAGGAAUGUAUUUCGAAAAUACCCCAACAGGUACGAGUCGAUCAUAUCGGUUCUGUGUGAGAACCUAGACUCUUUAGAUGAACCUGAAGCGAAGGCUGCUAUGAUAUGGGUAAUAGGCCAGUACGCAGAUCGUAUUGAGAACUCUGAUGUGCUACUCGAUGACUUCUUGUACUCCUUUGCGGACGAAUCAGUGGAGGUACAAUUUGCACUUCUUACAGCAACAGUCAAAUUGUUUAUUCAAAGACCGACAAAGGGGCAAGAACUUGUCCCAAAAGUCCUCAAAUGGGCAACCGAAGAAACUGACAAUCCAGAUCUCAGGGACAGAGGCUACAUGUACUGGCGUAUGCUUUCGACAGACCCAGAAUUGGCCAAGAAGGUGGUCAUGGGCCCAAAGCCAGCCAUCACUGCCGAAUCAGAAAAGCUAGAUCCGGCAACAUUAGAAGAGAUGUGUCUGAACGUUGGCACUCUAGCCACAGUCUACUUGAAACCAGUACAGCAAGUUUUCCGCAACGCAAGGCCAAGGAAGACCAUAGAUAGCCCUGCCCUACAGAAGCACACCCUGCCGACACAGGUCGCUCUGGAGCAGCAUAAGCAUUUGCCGUCGAUCUUGAAUGGAUCAGGAGCACCACCUGACACAUCCAAUGCAGAUGGAAGCACUGAUAGGCAGAAUCUUGCGGCAGCCGUCGAUGCUGCCGAUGCGUAUUUCCAGAGCUUGAAUGCAAAUAUGGCGGGAAUGUCAAUCAAUGGUGAUGAAGGCUUCGGUGGAAGUCCAACCCAAGCUGGAGAGACUCAAUAUGUGGUCAAUCAAAACAAUCCACAGCAAGUGUACCAGCCACAGGUGGGUGCCGGAGCGAACGGCGAUUUGCUGCUACUUUGA